AUGGAAUCAAAUUUAACCUCAAGUUUUCUUAAAAUUGGUGAUACAGUUGGUUUAUAUGCUGAAGGUGCUGUUUGCGGAUUUAUAAGUACACUUGGUCUUGUUGAUGAUCGUUGUGUUGUUCAACCCGAUGCCGGUGAUUUACAGAAACCCCCUAAAAAAUUUCGAGAUUGUCUCUUUCGUAUAUGUCCAAGUCAUCGGUAUAGUGCUCAAACACAAUAUUGGAAUGCAUUAAAAAGUCCUAAUACAGCUCGAGAUUUAAAAAAAUUACAAGUAGCUGCUGAUACAGAAAAAAAACAAAAUGAAGAAGAAAGUCGAAAACAAAGUGGAACAAUUAUUAAAUAUGGUGAUACAAUAGUACAAUUAAUUCAUAUAAAAAGUAAUAAAUAUAUAACUGUUAAUAAACGUUUACCUGCAUUUUUGGAAAAAAAUGCCAUGCGUGUUUCUUUGGAUGUUAAUGGAACCGAAGGUUCAUGGUUUCAAAUUGAACCUUAUUAUAAAUUACGUGCAAAAGGAGAACGUGUUGUUGUUGGUGAUAAAGUUGUAUUGAUGCCAUAUAGUGGUGGGCAACCAUUACAUGUCAGUGAAUUGGAAUUACCUGAUCAUCCGGGAUCAAAAGAAAUCAAUUGUUAUUCGUUUAAUAUCGUGAAUUCUCAUAUUCAAACAAGUUGGAAAAUUGUUUUAUUCGUAUCAGGUCAUGAAGCAACAAAUGAAGUUUUGAAGAGUGGUGAUAUUGUUCGUUUAUAUCAUGCUGAACAAGAAAAAUUUUUAACCUGUGAUAAUUAUCGAAAGAAAAGUGUCGUUUUUCUACGUGCUACUGGUCGUACAUCAGCUACAUCGGCCACAUCAUCGAAUGCCUUAUGGGAAAUUGAAGUUGUUCAACAAGAUCCAUGUCGUGGUGGUGUUGGUCAUUGGAAUUCAUUAUUUCGUUUUAAACAUUUAGCAACAGGACAAUAUCUUGCAGCGGAAGUUGAUCUUGAUCUAACAUUUGAUCUAACAAGACAAAAAUUACGUGGUACAUCAAGUACACCAGUAUUUGCACUUGUACCUAUUCCACAUGGUUAUGAUAUAUCAUCAAUAUUUGAAUUUGAUCCAACAACUAUAACACGUAAUGAAGAUGCUGUACCAUGGGGAUCAUAUGUACGUUUACAACACAUAUGUACAAAUACAUGGGUACAUUCAACAAAUCUUAAGUUAGAUCCUGAUGAUGAUAAUGUACGAUUUAAAAUUGGUUGUGCAUCAUUAAAAGAAGAUAAAGAAGCAUUUCAAAUCGUACAUGUUUCACCAGAUGAAGUACGAGAUUUAGAUUUUGCUAAUGAUGCUGCACAACAUUUUGAUAUAACAGUAUCGAAAUGGGAACAAAUCGGAAUUAUGAAUGUACACUCUAAUGAUAGAAAACAAAUAAUCUUAUUAUUAACUGAUAUUAUUUAUUUUCUUGCUUGUCAAGAAAAUAAUGGUAGUGAUGCAUUUGAUAUACAAGUAUUAAAACCGAAUCGUGAAAGACAAAAAUUAGUUCGUGAACAAAAUAUUCUCAAACAGUUAUUUCGUUUACUUCGAGUGCUAAAACCACGUUUAGAAUUAGAACGAACAAAUGCAAAUUCUUCGAGAAGUUCAGAUUAUUAUUCAAGUAGUUCGCCUGUAGCAUCAAGUAAUGAUCAUUAUGUAUCAUUACAACAACAACAACAAGAUGCUGAUAUACGUUAUUCAACAACAACAUAUCAAAUGAAAGCAAUCUGUCGUCUUUGUUAUCGAGUACUUAAACAUUGUCAACAAGAAUAUCGAAAAAAUCAAGAAACAAUUGCAAAAGAAUUUUCAUUUAUGCAAUCACAAAUUGGUUAUGAUAUAUUAGCUGAAGAUACUAUAACAGCAUUAUUACAUAAUAAUAAAAAAUUAUUAGAAAAACAUAUAACAGAAAAAGAAAUUGAUACAUUUGUUAAAUUAGUACGAGAAAAACGAGAUUGCAAAUUUUUAGAAUAUUUAUCAGAUCUAUGUGUAUCAAGUAAUCAAGCUAUAGCCCGAACACAAGAAAUGAUAUGUAAAUCUGUAUUAGAAAAAAAUUCGGAUAUUUUAAUACAUACAAAACUUGAAACAAAAGGAUGUAUUGAAGAUACAAUCAUGGAUGAUAAUAUUAGUACACCAACUAAAUUCUCUAACCGUAAUUUAUUACAUGAGGUUAUAUUGACAUGGGAUAGCAAAGCAGAAUCAAUUGAAUUCAUGGCUGGUGUUGUCAGAGAUCAGCUUGUACAUCCAAGACGAGACGAAUUUAAAAAUAUUCUUGAAUAUUACAGGUUUCAACUGAAUCUAUUUUCACAUAUGUGUUUUGAUCGGCAAUAUCUUGCAAUUGAUAAUCUGACGUUAGAAUUACCGAUAGAACUCAUUUUAACGUGUAUAAAAAGUGAAAAUCUUCCUGCAGAUUUACGUGCUGCAUUUUGUCGUCUAAUGAUUCAUAUACAUGUGAAUCGUGAUCCACAAGAAGAAGUAACACGUAUUAAAUAUGCUCGAUUAUGGAAUCAAGUUAAACCAUCGAUAUCUUUAAGCGAUUAUGAUCAAACAUUAAGUGGAUCGCUUGAACCAACCGAAAAAGAAGAAAAUCGUAUAAAAUUUGAAUCAACAAUGAAAUUUGUUGAAGAUUAUCUUAAAACUGUUGUUCAACAACCAAAUUCAUUUUCAGAUCGAGAACAAAAUAAAUUAACACAUGAAGUGGUUAAUUUAGCUCGUCGUUUAAUAUUUUUUGGAUUCUAUAGUUUUGAAGAUUUACUUAAAUUAACUCAAACACUUCUCGGAAUACUAGAUUCAAGUAAAGCUAUAAGUACAAAUAAAACAAGCUCACGUUCAGAACAACUGACACCAACAAUUGGAUCAAAAACAAAAUAUGAACCGGCGAUACCACCAACUUUAUAUUCUGUAAAUGAUGCUAAUGUAGAACAACCAGUUGAUUUACUUGAUGAUCUUGCUUAUGAAACAAAAAUGAAUGUUACGGCAAUACUUGAAUUUAUUCUUGAUAUUCGUCUUGAUUUCCGUAUAUCACGUUUAAUUUCAAUAUUUAAACAAAAAUUCGACCAUAUUGAUUCAUUAACAAAUUUACUUCAAACAGCUGAUAUUGAAUGUAUAUUUGAUUCAAAUGAACCCAAUCUUGAUUUAGAUGAUGCCAAAGGGAAAACAUUUCUUAAAGUUUUACUUAAUCUUUGUAUGCAUGAUUAUCAACCGUUAGUAUCACGUGCAUUAACAUUACUUUUUCGACAUUUUAAUCAACGUAAAGAAACAUUACAACAUUUAAAUCAAGUACAAUUACUUGUUAGUGAAACUGAUAUACAAAAUUAUAAACAAAUUAAAAAAGAUUUAGAUCAAUUAAGAUUAUUUGUUGAAAAAUCGGAAUUAUGGGUUUAUAAAAAAGGAAAAGAUGGAACAUUAACUAGUGAUGGAAAUGAAGCUAAUAUUGAUCAAGAUGAUAGAAAAUAUGAUGAAUUAGAAAUAAAGAAAUUGGUUACUUCGACUGGUCUCACUGAUACAGACUUCGAUACUGGCGGUCCGACUAUCAAUGAACAUUCAGCAUAUCGAUAUACAUCGAUAUUUCAGAUUCUUCGUCGAAUGAUAAAAUUAUGUGUCUUGGAAAAUUAUGAUGGAACUUUAUAUGCUCGAGAAAAUGAACAACGUCUAUUAAGAAAUAUGGAUGUACAUGUUGUCGUACUUGAUCUAUUAAGAAUCCCAUAUGAUAAGUCUGAAGAUACUCGAAUGAAUCAUAUAAUGAAAUUAGCUCAUAAUCUUUUACAAUAUUUUUGUUAUGCAAAUCCAACAAAUCAAGCGAAAUUAUACGAAUUAUAUUUUAAUGAAUAUCAACAAUUAUCUGAGGAACAAGAAGUCGAAACAUGUUGUUAUAUAUUUCUUAAUAAUGUUCAAUUAUGUAAAACAAUUACUGAGAAACAUAUUCAACAUUUUGUUCAUUUGAUUGAAUUACAUGGACGAAAAGUUAUAUUUAUUAAAUUUCUUCAAACAAUUAUUAAAGCGGAAAAUCAAUAUAUUAAAAAUUGUCAAGAUAUUGUUAUGUCUGAAUUAGUUACAUCGGAUGAAGUAUUAAUGUUUUAUGAUAAAGGAAAUUUAUCUGAACUUGUUGCACGUAUGCAAUCAGAUGUUGAACGUACAGAUACAAAUUCAUUAUUAAAUUAUCAUAUUCAACUUGUUCAUUUAUUGGCAAUGUGUACUGAAGGAAAAAAUGCAGCUACAGAAAUCAAAUGUCAUUCAUUAAUUGGUCUUGAUGAUCUUGUUUUAAUAGUUACACAUCCAGAUUGUAUACCUGAAGUUAAGAAUGUUUAUAUUACAUUUUUAAAUCAUUGUUAUAUUGAUACAGAAGUUGAAAUGAAAGAAAUUUAUAAUAGCCAACAUAUUUACACAUUAAUUGAAAAAUCUUUUUGUCCUGAUAUUGAUAAAGUAAUUUUGAAACCGGGUGAAAAUCGCACUUUAGACAAAUAUGUUUUGGAUACAGUUAUUGAUUUAAUCACACAAUUUUUUAAUUCACCAUUUUUUGAACAAUCCUCUGCACCACAACAUCGAAAUACAACUCUUGUAUCACUUCAUGGUCAUUUAACACGAUUGUUAAGUGUAUCAUGGUUAACAUCAAGUCAACGUGAACGUGCUGACCGUUGUAUUCAUAUAAUAGCAUUAAUUGCUGAUCGUCGUGGUCUUAUUCAUUUCUUACGUUCAAAUCAUAGUUCAAUGAGUGAAUCAGUAACUGUUCGUUCACGUCAUGCAAGUCGAAGUAAUGCAUCAGAACGAAGAUAUAGUAGUGAUGAUUUAUUAGAUAAACAAAAUCAUUCCGAAGAUUUGGAACACAAACGUGUUAUUGACAGUUUUGUGGACUAUUUAUCUCAAGUUAGUAUUCGACUUAGUCCAUUGAUUCAAGCAGAAAAUAGUGUACUUGUCGAUGUUAUUCGUGCACCGUUUGCACUCUUCCCUGAAACAAAUGAAUACCGACUAAAAUUUCUCCAAGGAACACUAGUUCAUAAAUUUAUACAUCAUGCAAAAUAUUUACUUAUACAAACAGAUGAAUAUUUAUGUUUACGUAUUAUGCAUGCACUUAAAUCAAUGGUUAAAACUAAUCUUGAAUUUGAAACAAUGGGGCAAAGUUUAAGAUUAAAAUUACUUCGACGUUAUUUUUCUGAUGAUAAACAAUAUUUAAAAUCGCUGCAUCAAGCACUGAAAGAAGAAGAUGCUAUUGAACGAUUACGACUGAUACAAAAUGAAUUAAAUAAACAGGGUGCUAGUGAUCUUGUUGUUGAAUUAUUUAUUAGUCAAUCAUCAGUAAAUAUUCUCGAAGAAAGUAUACAUUUAGCUAUUGCAUUACUUGAAGGUGGAAACACAGAAGUUCAAACAAGUAUUUUACGUCGUUUACAUGGGGAUGAAUCAGAAUCAGAAAAUUUUUUUAAAGUUUUUUAUGAUAAAAUGUCUAUUGCACAAAAAACUUUAAAAAAUAUGUCAUCAAUUACAAAUGAUAUGAUUGAAGAUAAUGAUGAUUUCGAUGAUUUAAUAUUUACACCAAAAUCUGCUAUGAUUUCAUCAUUUUUAAGUCCAGGUAUGAGUAGUAGAAAACCAUCACUUACUCCACCAACAGAUGAAAAUUUUACUAUUGAUCAAUCAUCCAAUACUUCAUUUCAACCUUUACUUAAUAAUAAUCAAAAUUUUCAAGACAUAGACUCACCACAAACAUUAGCACCUUCAAUAGGGGCAAGUCUAAUGCUACCACAAUUCAAUCAAGCAAGAAAUUCAACAGCAGGAUCUGAUCUCUUAGAUUUUCAUUCACACAGUCGCCGUCAUAAACUUGCAUUUGAACUUCGUAUAAUGCAACCAAUUUUACGUUUUCUACAAUUACUUUGUGAAAAUCAUAAUCCUGAAUUUCAAAAUUAUCUACGAUUACAAGAUAAUAAUAAAACAAAUUAUAAUCUUGUUUGUGAAACAUUAAAAUUUCUUGAUGCUAUUUGUGGUUCACAAACAGGUUUACUAGGUCUCUUAGGAAAUUAUAUAAAUGAAGAUAAUGUUGAAUUAAUUAAUCAAGCAUUAAAUACAUUAACUGAAUAUUGUCAAGGACCCUGUCACGAUAAUCAAGAUGCAAUUGUCAAUCAUGAGUCAAAUGGUAUCGAUAUAAUUAUUGCUAUCGUUUUAAAUGAUAUAACACCAUUAAAUCAAAAAAAUUAUGAUCUUGUACUUGAAUUAAAAGAUAAUGCAUCAAAAUUACUUUUAGCUGUUAUGGAAAGUCGUGAUGAUAGUACAAAUGCAGAACGUAUUCUUCGAAAUAUUACACCAGUUUCACAAUUACUUGAUGUUGCUUGUCAAAUUUAUGCUCGUGGUAAACAAGAAGAAAGUGAAGUGACAAAAGAUGAAAAUCCUGAAGAAUCACUUGAAGAAGAAGUUAAUGAAAAUUCUGAUAAUGUUGCACAAACUGUUGGUCAUAAUAUGUAUAUUCUUGCAUAUCAACUUUCACGUCAUCAUCGAGAACUUGAAGUUUUAAUGAAACAUCGUACAUUAAAUGAUGAAGCAUUAUCUUAUUAUCAUAAGCAUACAGCUGAAAUUGAAAUUAUUCGACAUGAUCGAUCAAUUGAACCAAUUGUAUUUCCUGUUCCACAAUUAUGUGAAUUUUUAACAAAUGAAAAAAAACAAAAAGUCUUUUUAACAUGUGAACAAGAUCAACAAGGUUCAAAAGUAAAAGAUUUUUUUGGUAAAUUUCCUGAAAUAUUUGAAGAAAUGAAAUGGCAAAGAAAAUUAAGGCAUCAACCAACAUUAUAUUGGUUUUCAUCACAUAUGUCUUUAUGGAGUGAUAUAUCAUUUAAUUUUGCUGUCUUUAUUAAUAUACUUGUGGCAGUUUUUUAUCCAUUUAAUAAAGGUUUAAAAGAUCUUGAUUCUCGAGCAUCGGCAGCUAUCUGGAGUGUAUUUCUUGUUACAUUAGUAUCUAUUUUACUUAAACCAAAUGUUACAUCAAUGCGUAUGUGUUUUGUUGCAGCUAUUUUAAGAUCUAUUUAUUCAGUUGGUCUUGGGCCAACUCUAUGGUUUAUGGGAACGUUACAAGUAUUGAAUAAAGGAGUAUUUCUAGUUAGUUUUAUGGGAAAUAAUGGUACAUUUUCUAAAUCACGUUAUGAAAAUUUAUCUAAUUUUCAACUGGUUUAUCAUGUGGGAUAUUUAAUUCUAUGUGUACUUGGAUUAUGUGUUCAUGAAUUUUUCUAUAGUUUACUGCUACUUGAUGUUGUCUAUCGUGAAGAUACUUUAUGGAAUGUUAUUCAAUGUGUUGUACGCAAUGCUAAAUCUGUUAUAUUAACAGCUGUAUUUGCUGUUAUUAUAAUAUAUUUAUUUGCUAUAUGUGGUUAUCUAUUUAUCCAAGAUGAUUUUCUUAUGGAAGUUCAAUCAAAAACACUGACAAUUGAAGGUCAAACUUUAAAUAUGACACUAACUAAUAAAACAAAUUUAAUUCUUUUUCGAGAUUCAAGUCUAUCUUAUAUAACACAAUCAGUUACACGAAAUGGCAAAUCAAUAUUGUUAACAAUGAUGUUAGCACUUAUAGUUAUCUAUAUUUUUUCUCUUGUGGGUUUCGUAUUUUUUCGUGAUGAUUUUUUAACAAAUAUUCAAACACGAAAACAUUCUACACGAUAUCGUCGUUCAAAUCAUUUGAUUACAACAAUGAUUUUGACGCCAACAACAACAAUUUCGAACAGUACUGAUAGACGAUAUUGUAGAAAACAUAAUUGUUCUAAAGAUACAUUAGCUGAUCAUGUGCUUCAUGUUACUCCAGCACCGCCUAUAGUACAUGUCGAAGUUGAAGAAGAAGAAAUUGAGCGCGCUUGUGAUACAUUAUUUAUGUGUAUUGUAACAACACUUAACAAAGGAUUACGAAAUGGUGGUGGAAUUGGAGAUGUUCUAAGACAACCCUCCAAUCGUGAACCACUAUAUUUCUUUCGUGUUAUUUACGAUCUGAUGUUCUUCUUUAUUGUUAUAAUUAUAACUUUGAAUUUAAUUUUUGGUGUUAUUAUUGAUAAUUUUGCUGAUUUACGUACAGAAAAACAACGAAAUGAUGAAGUACUUCGUAAUACAUGUUUUAUUUGUGGACUUGAUCGUAAAUCAUUUGAUAAUAAACAUGUUACAUUUGAAGAUCAUAUGCAAAAAGUUCAUAAUAUGUGGAAUUAUGUUUAUUUUAUGGUUUUAAUUCAUGUUAAAGAUCCAACAGAAUAUACAGGUCCUGAAAGUUAUGUUCAUGAAAUGAUUGAACAACGAAAUCUUGAUUGGUUUCCACGUAUGCGAACAAGUAGUUUAGAUAUACAAGAAGAUAAAAAUAAAGAAGAUCAAGAUAGUCGUAUAUUAAAAUUUCAAAUGGAUGAUGCAAAUAAAGCAAUCAAAACCUUAGCAAUGGAAUUAGCCGAAUUACAAAAAUCAGUAACCGAAUCUCGAACACAAAAACAACGUAUGAAUUUUCUACAAAAUCCAGCAUUACCAACGCCAUUAAAUGCAUAA